AUGGUCUACGCGCUCACUCACACUCCCGAAGCAAACAUCCUUCAUUUCUUGGCUCGCUAUGAUAAAUUAUGGUUCUCUUCCUUUGAUAAAUUUAUUGAUAAUUUGGAUUGGAUGAAGGUUAACUUCCAUUAUUGCUACAUGCAUAAUUUGCCUGAAGAUGUGCGACCUCCAUUUCCAUAUCUGGUUUCGGUUUUGUCAUUGUUAUCUUGCUUUUUGUUGUUCUUUUUAUCAAAAUUGCUCUCUCCUUUCAUCUUUAAAGCCUAUAAUGCGUUAAAAGAAUCCGAUAAAGAGAAGUGGGAUGUAAAAUUCGUGAGUGCUCUCCACGCUGCAUUUGUAUUCCAAGGAGCAGUCCGUUGUUUGAUUGCUGGUGGAGGAUUGUUUUUCAAUUCAAAUGAUAGUUUACUCGGAUAUCAAAAUCUUGUGUGCGGAUACUACACUGACUUGAGUAGAUUCUACAUGGCAAUCACCUUCGGAUAUAUGUUUUAUGAUUUUUGGGUGUGCAUCAGAGCGUAUGGAUUUACUCUUGAAGGAAUUUUCCCAUCACUUGUAAUCCAUCACUUUAAUAUCAUCAUUUCAUUCUUGUUGGCUCUCAAGUUUGGAAUGGGUCAUUAUUAUACAUUGAGUUUCAUGACCAACGAAAUUUCACAACCAUUUUUGCAUUUGAGUUGGUUUUUGAUUAAGAGUAAGGUGCCACAAAUGCACCCCAUUUCAAUACUCAACGGACUUUGCUUGGUAUUGACAUUCUUGGGUAGCAGAUUUGUGUUCAACCUUUUCGUUUUUGUACACUUUGUUGCGAACACUUUGUCAUUUGAUCCAACCAUUUGUUUGGGUGUGGGAACUUGGACUUGCUUUAUUCAUGUAGCAUGUAAUUGGCAUUGGUGUUGGCUAAUGAUUUUGCAAAUUCGCGACAUGGUGGUCAAAAAGAAGAAGACAGAAACAAACCCUCCAGCUGUAUCUCAAGAGGAAAAGAAAAAUCAAUAA